GUUCAGCCUGUGAACAUCUCCGUCCGGAGUGGCUGUGUGAAUCUUGUAAGUGCGAUGGCGCAGGAGGUGCGCAGCCUGAAGGCGCAGCUCAGCGACAAAGAAAAGGAGAUCGCCGCUCUGAAGAGUAAACUGGCACACCUGGAAAAGAGCCACGCUUCAUCACUGGAGCUGCGUCACGAAGUGACGGCCCUGACCCCGCUCACAGGCAGACCGGCCCUCAGCAAUGAGGACAUCAUGCGGUACAGUCGACAGCUCCUCCUGCCCCAGCUUGGUGUGCAAGGUCAGCUGAAUCUGUCCAGGACAUCAGUGCUGGUUGUGGGCUGUGGAGGGCUGGGCUGCCCCCUGGCGCAGUAUCUUGCAGCAGCAGGCAUUGGUCGCCUCGGCCUGCUGGACUACGAUGAAGUGGAACUUAGUAACCUGCAUAGACAGGUGCUUCAUGGGGAGGAGAACCAGGGCCAGGCCAAGGCUCUGUCUGCUGCCAGUGCAGUUCAGAGGUUAAAUUCCACCGUGGAGUGCAUUCCCUACUGCCUGCAGCUCUCACCAGAAAAUGCCCUGCAACUUAUUCAGCAAUAUGACAUUGUGGCCGAUUGCUCAGACAACGUCCCCACUCGUUAUCUGGUAAAUGACGCCUGCGUACUCAGCGGCAAACCUCUGGUGUCAGCAAGCGCCUUACGAAUGGAAGGGCAGUUGACUGUGUAUAACUACCGCGGAGGCCCCUGCUACAGAUGUCUGUAUCCAGUACCCCCGCCCCCAGAGACAGUGACCAACUGUUCUGAUGGAGGGGUGUUAGGAGUGGUUCCAGGGAUAAUGGGCUGCUUCCAAGCUUUGGAAGUCCUAAAGAUCGCCUCUGGAAAGAGCUCUUCCUGCGGUCAGCAGCUGGUGAUGUUCGAUGCCGAAGAUGCCAGAUUCCGGUCGAUCAGGCUGCGGCCGAAGCAGGCCGGCUGCGCGGCGUGUGGAGAAAACCCCAGCGUGACCCGGCUGCUGGACUAUGAAGCUUUCUGUGGGUCUGCUGCCACAGAUAAGUGCCGCAAACUAAACGUCCUGUCCGAGCAUCAGAGGAUCACAGUGCAGGAUUAUAAAUCAAUAAUGGACAGCGCAGAACCCCAUCUCCUGCUGGACGUACGCCCUCUUGUGGAGGUGGAUAUAUGCCGCUUACCCUUCUCUCUCAAUAUUCCACUCUCUAGUCUGCAGGAGAGGAAGCCGGAACAUCUCCAGUUACUCCAGGAGAGAAUCAGCCAGUUGAAGCAGCAGAUGGCAGGUGACUGCCGGCCGCCAGUUUAUGUGAUCUGCAAGCAGGGGAACGAUUCCCAGAAGGCCGUGCAGAUUCUGGAGAGGCUGAGUGGAUCAGAAGUGGACCGUGUGACCGUGAAAGACAUCAGUGGGGGCCUCAUGGCGUGGGCAAGGAGAAUAGAGCACACAUUUCCACAGUAUUAAUGCAUUAAAAAUGUUUUUUAUUGUUAAUAAAUGCUUUUUUAAACUGAG